CUGCGCAAAUCUGACGCAUGGAUCACAAUUUAUGCGCGCGAAGUUCGCAGGCAGCAGUUGGAGAUUGAGCAUAGCGAGAUAUACAGUCUAUAGACGAUUAUCAACAAAAUCAAUAUCACCCACGCAUCAUGAACUGGUUAACUAAUGAUUCAUGAAAUUUCGGAAGCCUCUUGAAGAUGUCUGUGGAAUUGGAUGGUGUAAUGGAAGGCUCUGCAAUCCUUGAACCAAAGCUUGAGCUGAAUCCUGAGUCUGACAUCGAUGAGGAUGUUGAACAGCUAAAGCUCAAAUGGACGUCCAAAGAGGAUGAAAUUCUUGGGACCCUUGUGAGGCGACUUGGAAGGAAUGACUGGGAAUUAAUUGCAGGCUUCCUACCUGGUCGAACGGCACAGAACUGUAAAUACAGAUUUACAACUGUAGUAGACCCUGACCUCACUAAGGGAACCUGGACCAAAGAAGAAGAUAAUAAGCUCAUUGAGUUGGUGUCUUUGCAUAGCGACAAGAAGUGGAGCGCAAUUGCAAAGCACUUAAAAAGUCGAAGUGGUAAACAGUGCAGAGAGCGUUGGCAUAAUCAUCUUGAUCCCUCUGUGAUUAAGACUCCCUGGACAGAAGAGGAAGAUCUUAAAAUCAUCAAAUGUCAUUGUGUGCUGGGAACUCGUUGGGCUCAAAUGGCAAAGUUUUUCCCUGGAAGGACUGAUAAUUCCAUCAAAAACCAUUGGUACGCAACCAUACAGCGUAAAAUGGAAAGGGGCAUCUAUAAAAUGGAAGACAUUGAUGUGAGUGAUCUUGAAUUCUACCUACCAGUAAAACAAACAUGUACUUCCACAAGUCAAGACAAGUCAAGUACCAGCGCAGAACAAUUGCCCAAGGUAAAGGAAACCAAGAGGAAGGCUUUAGAAAAAGAAAAAAGUGCAAACAGUCCUCCCAUCUUGCCAAACUUAAGUACAGGUUCACCCUCCAGCUUCAGCAGUCAUCAUUUUGUUGUGCAGCCAGAGCAUAAGGAAUUUGUAGAUGCAAUAUUGCAGAUGAUUGCUGAGGACAUGCUACCCCUUAACAUUUCUGAAGGUUCUGGGUUUCGUAAAUUAAUGACUUUGAUCGGACCUCAAUACCCACAACUAUCGCAGCGCACUGUGGAUUUUCUACUAUAUGAUGCUGUGGAGAAGACUGUCAAGCCACAGCUGAUUCAGCAGCUUAGGAACUGUGUGUCUUUAAGUGGAGGGCAUAAUGUUGUUCACAUUACUGCAGAUAUUUGGGCCAGUGAAUAUGCUGCGCCGCUUCUGGCUGUUCAGUUGCAUUUUCUUGAUUAUGACUGGAACAUUCAUAGGCCUCUUGUAGCCUUUCGCCGUUUGCAAUGUAAGAAGUUUACGUCUAAGAUCGGAGGAAAAGUGGAGACCAUUCUUCUCAGCUAUGGGCUUUCCCCCGAUAACAUUGGUUACAGUGUUAUCCACGAGGCCAAGAACACCAUUGCGACGCAUGAUCUUUUCUGUGACUACAAGAUUAUGUGUUCUGUACAGACGAAUGAUCCAGAUGAGGGUGAAUUCUUGGAUUUUCUUGAUGAUCAAGUUUUGAUGGAAGAUCUCUCUCAAGUUGAAAUUUCAUCCAGCAAACAUCUGGACUGUAUCACUACUCUGCUGCAUUGUGUAGUAAAGGAAGCGCUGAAGAAAUCCAGUGUUGUUGAGCACGUACUCUUUGAGGUACAGAGUAUAGUGUCAUUCUUUCGUCGCAGUGCCUACUGGAAUGAAGUUCUUGAAAAGUACUGCGGAGUCACACUGACUAGUCCUUACAGCUCAGAAAGCUUCACCUGGAACUCUACAAUUAUCAUUAUGCGUGAAAUAAUGCAAGAGUCAGUGUGGCCCUUGAUGAUGACCCUGUUGAAUCAAGCUCGCACUGCGGCAAAAGACUGCACCGUUUGUCCACCAGUGGUCCAAAUUACUCAUGAGCAAGUAGUGGACUUUGUUGGCUUACUGGAGCCUUUUGAAGAGGCGGUUCACAUACUUCAGGAUGAUGGCAUUACCGUCUCCCUUAUCAUUCCAUCUAUCAUUGGACUUGAUAAAGUUCUGGAAACCAAGACCACAAAGUUGAGCGUUUUUUGCUCAGCCCUCCGUUCUGGCCUUCGUGCUCACUUCCAACCUUUGAUUUUUCAAAAAGACUUGAUUGCAGCCACCGUGCUGGACCCACGAAUCAAGCUCCGACCCUUUAACGAUGGAAAGGAAACAUUCAAGAGCACCGCACUGUUUGCUCCUUCAAACAUCCGUGCCUGUUCAGUUGUAGAAGCUGCAUUGAGUAAAACUGAAACCUUAAGUUUAGUGGAGACGAGCUGUGUUAAAGCAGAUGAUAAUGGUAUGCUGCUAACUAAAGAGGCAGCGAAAGAGUCUGAGCUGGAUCUGUAUUUGGCCGAGCCCUUGUUGAAGGAAGAUGCCUGCAUCCAAACAUUUUGGAGGGAAGCUACCCGCUUCCCCAAGCUACAAAGCCUUUGUCGCAAACUGUUGACCAUUCCAGCGUCUUCAGGAGGAUUUAAAAGACUGUUUCCUUUAGCGUCAUGUAUUGUACGGGCUAAAAGAAACCGAUUACCAGAACACACAACAGAACGACUACUGCUGUACAGAGAGUAUCUGAAGAAGAAUGGAAAAAGCACUGUGGAGUAAACUCUAAGCCGUUUUUCUGGUACAUCUGUGUUUUGUAUGCAUGCAUGUAUUUUUUUUUUUUCAAAAUUGUGACAUGAGCCUUUGAGUUAACUGAACAUGAGUAAAAUCAUGAGUUCAAGGUGCAUUGGUGUAUUGUAUCUUUUAAGUGAUAUGAAUAUACUUCAUUAUUUUAAAGUUAUAAAGGACAUCACUAAUUAUUAUGAUCAUCAAGUAGUCACUGGUCAUAAGUGACACACAGAGGGUACUCAACAAGAAUCAAGCUUCUACCGCCACGUCAGUAGCGUCUUCUACGUUUGCUGCUCUUUACUAGUAAAUGGCAGUAUAAUCACUUUCACUAGGAAUGAGGUGAUGUGUUAAAGGUAAUGUUCUUGAGUUAUAGGGGCAUGUAUCAUCUGUGCCAAGGGGUUAGAGUUGAUGGGUUCAGGCUGUCUACAUUAAAGCAACACUAUGUAGUUUUACCUUUAAAUAAUGUCUCUAAAAUUAUUUCAGUGAUAGAACAACUUUUAUCUGGACAAAUUAUACUGUUGCUGCAACCUGAGCAGCCUCCUAGCUGCUACUAGCACACUCUGAAAGUGGCGGUGGAGGGUAGGAAACACAGCCCCGCCCCUCCCCCUGCCUGCAGAAGAGUGUCUGAUACCAGACACUGUUGCGCUUUUCAACCACAUGGGGGAGCUGUAAGUCAUUUUUACAUGGAAACUACAUAGUGUUGCUUUAAGUUAACAGACUUUAUAUUCACAUGAGCCAAUAAUCAGUUACUUAAUACUUGCACAUGCAUUUCAUUUAACUAUGAAUGCAUUAAAAUAUGUUUUGUUAUUUCAUCAACGCACUUAACCCUUAAAUGCAUACCUCGGCUCAGGUCUUCAGUGACUCUGGGCAUCGUUCACUACACCCUGUAAGUGACCUGCAAUGGAGUGACCAUCUAAUACAGAGUAGAUCCUGCUUUUGUCCCAAGAUGCUGGGAUAGGCUCCAACCUUCCUCGCGUGUUUUUUGAAAGCUUGAAUGGUUAGAUGGAUGGACUGAAAUUACUAUAUAGAGUUGCAGUGCUCCUACUAUUAUGAUGUCUGAUUUAUUAGUGUGGAACUUCAACCCUGUACGUUUUUAACAUCUGUUGGAUUAGAAAUAAAAUGCCAAAGUAUAACAAAACAUGUUUUAAUUCAUCUUUCUGAAAUUGAAAAUUACAUAUUAGAGACGUCUUGUUCAAUUUGGGCAGUUUAGUUUAUCCUAGGUUUUUAAUGUUUCAUCAUAUUUCAUUAUCAAGUCAGCAAAAUCUUUGAAAAAGUACUGUUUAUGCUGGAUAACACUAUAUUAAGCACGAUUACUUCAAAAGUAUUUAAAAUGAGACUUCAGUAUUUAAAGGUACAGUGUGUCAAUUUUAGCGGCAUCUAGUGGUGAGGUUGUGAAUUGCAACCAACGGCUCAGUCCACUGCUCACCUCCUGCUUUUGAAACACAUAGAGAAGCUACGGUAGCCGCCACCAGACAAACAUGUCAUCGUUGGAGAUAACUUAGUAAAAAAGUUUGUCCGUUAAGGGCUUCUGUAGAAACAUGGCUGCACAAAAUGGCGGCUUCCACGUAAGGGGACCCUCUGUGUAUGUAGAUAAAACGUCUCAUUCUAAGGCAAUAAACACAUAACGGUUCAUUAUAAAAGGUCUUUAUACACCCUUGAUAAUUUAGUUUUGUAUAUUAUUUUGCAUUUCUGUCAAGAGAUCUUUCUAAAAAUUACACACUGCACCUUUAAAGUGAGACUUCAGGGUAA